GUUGAAGAAAACGCUGUGCCUAGUAUAUUUUCAUGGACUUGUCCCAUUAAGCAUUCUUUGUCAAAAGAACGGGGUGCUCAGUACAAUGCAAGAAGUGCAGUGAAAAGAAGGAAACUGUUUGAAGAUAUUACAAACAAAAUGGAGGAAUCGGAGGCAAGAGAACAGUACUUCGCCACUAAAGUCGAUCUGGUUCCUGUCGAGGAGAUGGAGUUUGUCGCUGCAGUAGAAGAGGUCGUUUGUGAAGAACCAGCGUCUUUUGAGCAAGAAAGUGUACAAUCUGAAAUUAUUGCCAAAACUACCAUUGACAUGGAAACACAGACACCUAAAUGUCCAAUGUAUUCAAUAUGCAACUUUGAAAAAGAUGACCAAGCUGUUCAUUUUUACUCUGGCCUUAAGUUUUUCUUCGUGUUGAAUACGCUAGGACCUGCAGCAUACUGUCUGAACUACGCAUAUAAUUCAGUCACUAAUAUGAGUGUUCCUGAUCAGUUUUUUCUCGUUCUCAUUAAACUACGGAGACUUACGACAAAUUUUGAACUCUCAAGAAUGUUCGGUAUAGCAGAAAGUGUGAUAUGUAACAUUUUUGUUACGUGGAUUAUUUUUAUGUAUAGGCAGUGGGGUGAACUAGACAUUUGGCCCAGUCAAAAACUUGAUAGGUAUUUUGCACCCACAAGCUUUAGACGACAUUACCCAAAUACCAGAGUAAUAAUUGACGGAACGGAAUGCUCAAUAAGGAAACCUAAAAAUCCGACCGCGCAGCAAGCAACUUUCUCCACAUACAAAAAUAGAAACACUGUCAAGGUUCUUGUUGGUUGUACUCCAGGUGGGUUGGUGUCUUAUGUGUCGCCAUCAUAUGGUGGAUCUACAAGUGAUCGUCAAAUAGUAGAGCGCAGUAGUUUAGUGAGAAUUUGUGAUCGAAAUGACAGUGUCAUGGCGGAUAAAGGAUUUAAUGUGCAGGAUAUUUUUGCACCAAAAGAUGUCCAUAUAAACAUACCAACUUUCUUUAAAAAGAAAAACAGAAUGUCGGGAGAGUCUGUUAUUAGGGACAGGAAAAUAUCUAGUAAGCGUGUGCAUACUGAACGGGUAAUAGGUCUUGCAAAGACGUACAAAAUUCUUGCUGAGCCAUUGACUGCAACUGAAACUAGAAAAUGCUUUUGUAAAAAAGCGCAUGUCUCCCCCAAUGCAAAGUCCUAUAGGCAAGAAGUCAAUAGGUGUCAGGAGCGAAAGUCAAAGAGACACUGAUGGUUGGCUGCAAUAGGGAUCAUCUACUUGGCAUGUCCAGUCAUCCCGCUAAAUUUCAACACUCUUGGCCUAGUGGUUCUCAAGCCACUGUUCAGGCUCCUGUGACCUUGACCUUUGAUGAAGUGACCUCAAAAUAAAUAGGG